AAAUACUGUAAUAAUGAGCGCGACUGGCCGGAUUCUGAAGGCUCAAGGAUGUUUUGCUUCCAUGAUUUACUCCAUACCGGCUGCGCAAUGAGCACUAGCUGUCCUUCGUACAAGAUAGUUCGACGUCUCUUUUAUCUAUUCCUCUAAUUCAUUUGCCGAUGUUUCCCCUCCAUGCCUACAAUAGACUCAGACAUGUUUCAAAUUCAGAUAUUCAAAGCUUCCAGUGACCUCCCGGCGCGCCACUCAUUCAUCCAUAUCUUGACUAUGUCAACUCUUUGACGAAGGCUCUUCGUCUCCUCGCCUAUCUCUACAAAUUUAAUUCCUAGCUUCGUAAGGAUGUCCUCGAGCAUGUCGGUGUACUUCGAUGGAUCCUUGAGUGAGCGGAUGCCGUCAUCAAACAACCAUUCGGGUACCGGCUUCAAGACCACUGGCUGUAGGGAAGUAUCGUGCGAAAAUCGUGAUCUUCCAACAGUCUCUCUCCCGUCUCCUUAGCGAUUUUGACCUUCGCACUGAACGCAUAGACUAUGGGAUCCACGGCUGAUCUAUCGCUCAGCAGUACCAAACCCUCCGAUGUGGACUUCGCAUCGUGAAGUACUCGCGUUUCCGCUUCUAUUUGCGCUUUCAUGAUUGCGGCUUGCAUGUCGCAGAGAUCUUCGACCAGAGCGUCGCAUAGCGUUGUCUUUCCGCUAGAAGACGGACCCAGGACGAAAAUUGCUGCCAGUGCAUCGUUCUUUGCCGUGGAACUCGAAUCCAUCUUGCCUCUUGUCGAAAAUCGAUGUGAAGAGAUAGUAUUCGGCUUGAUAACUCCUCGACAAUCUUCCCCACUCGCAAUGAUCGAGCGAAUGUGAGCAGGAGAUAGAAAGCUACAAUUCUCCUCUUAUCCAGCCUUCUGUGAUAAGGUUCAAUAGACGACCAUUGAGCUU